AUGCUCACGGGGAACUGUGUGCUGCUGUUCCUCUGGUGUCUCCUGGACAAGAGCUUCGUUUCUCCAAUGCACAGGUGGGGAAAGGAGCACCACGGGGCUCUGAGGGACCACCGGAGGCAAGGCAUGGUGGGGAUUCAGAGGGUCAAACGAGGAUGGGUGUGGAACCAGUUCUUUGUCCUGGAGGAGUACAUGGGAUCUGAACCACAGUAUGUCGGAAAGCUACACAGUGACCUGGAUCGAGGAGAUAACUUAGUGAAGUACACACUGUCUGGAGAAGGAGUUGGUUCCAUUUUCACCAUCGAACCUAGCACGGGAGACAUCCAUGCCUUGAGGAGUCUGGACCGUGAGGAGAAGCCAUACUACACGCUCAGGGCACAGGCUGUGGAUGUGUUCACAGGAAGAGCCCUCGAACCCGAGUCGACAUUCAUCAUCAAGGUCCAGGACAUCAAUGACAAUGAGCCCAAGUUCCUGGAGGGUCCAUAUGUGGCUAGCGUCCCUGAGAUGUCACCUGUAGGUGCGUAUGUGAUGCGAGUCACAGCCACCGAUGCAGACGAUCCCACUUACGGAAACAGCGCCCAGAUCGUGUACAGUGUCCUACACGGGCAGCCUUACUUCUCUGUAGAACCCAAAACCGGUGUGAUAAGGAUCGCGUUACCCAACAUGGACCGGGAAAUCAAAGAGUCGUACCAAGUCGUGAUCCAGGCCAAAGAUAUGGGCGGACAGCUGGGGGGUCUGGCUGGAACCACCACCGUCAACAUCACCCUCACUGACGUCAACGAUAACCCACCGAGGUUUGCUAAAAGUGUCUUUCACCUGCGAGUUCCUGAAUCGGCGCCGGUGGAUUCUUCAGUGGGGAAAAUUAAAGCUCACGAUCUGGACGUGGGGACGAACGCCGAGGUGGAGUACAGAAUCAUACCAGGAGACGGCAGCUCCAUGUUCGACAUCUACACCGACGCACACACGCAGGAGGGCAUCGUCGUGCUCAAAAAGCCUCUGGAUUAUGAAAGCAGGAAGGCGUACAGUUUUAAAGUAUCGGCGUUGGAUCCGCACAUGGACUCUCAUUUCCUGCAGGGUGGCUCACACAGUGACUCGGCUGUGGUGAAGCUCAGUGUGAUGGACGUGGAAGAAGCGCCGAUCUUCAGCAGUUCAGAAUACAGCAUGGAGACACGUGAGGGAGCUGCAGGAAACGCCAUUGGAGUGGUGAAUGCCCACGAUCCCGACACAGGGCACAGUCCUAUCAGGUACUCCAUUGAGUGGAGCGCAGACCCGGAGAAUUACUUCGACAUCGAUCCUGUCGAAGGCACGAUUUCAGCCCGAGAAGCUUUGGACAGAGAAACGACACCAAAACACAACAUCACUGUUGUUGCAACUAAAGUUAACAAUCCGCUCUUGUUCAGUCGAGUCAGCGUCACAAUCACAGUGUUGGAUGUCAACGAGUUCCCUCCAGAACUUUCUUCUCCGUACGAAGCGUUUGUUUGUGAGGAUGCAAAAGUAGGCCAGGUGAUCCAGAUCCUCAGUGCUACGGACAGAGACAUGCCUAAUUUAGGACACAGAUUCUUCUUCAAAUCUCCCAGAGAUACCCGGAACAAGAACUUCACCAUCCGAGAUUAUGGAAACAACACGGCCGGGCUUGUGAACAGACGAGCAGGAUUUCGGCGGCUGGAGAAGAGUGUGUAUGAGGUUCCGGUGGUGGUGGAGGACAGUGGGUUCCCCAUCCAGAGCAGCACAGGGACGCUGAGCGUACGAGUCUGUGCUUGUGACGUCUCCGGCUCUGUCCUAAACUGCAGCACCAAAGCUUUUCUUCUGCCUCUGGGUCUCAGUCCUGGAGCUUUGCUGGCCAUCCUGCUGUGUGUGAUCAUUCUGCUGGCGAUCGUGGUGCUGUCCGUGUCUCUGAAGCGCCACAGGAAGAAAGACGCUCUGAUGUCAUCCAAAGAGGACGCGAGGGACAACGUGAUCCGCUACGAUGACGAGGGCGGAGGCGAGGAAGACACACAAGCCUUCGACAUCGGAACUUUACGCCACCCAGAGGCCAGAGACGACACAUCUGUCAGUCACCGCUAUGACCUGAGGGACGAUAAGGAAGACGAGGACGCUCACGUGUACCUCCAACAGCGGUUACAGGAGAACUACAGAGAUGCGACGGAACCACCGUACGACUCUUUGGCGACAUUCGCCUACGAGGGCUCGGGCUCGAUAGCCGAAUCGCUCAGCUCCAUCGAAACACAUCAUGAUACUGAUAUCAGUGAUGAUUUGAUGUCAAUCGGAGACCUGGGGCCACGUUUUAACACUCUGACUCUGAUCCUUGCUGGAAGAAAAGACGGCGAGGACGAUGCGUGUCUCCCGCAUGCUGAGGGAUCAGAACCAAGACGAGACGACUGA